AUGACCUACAAUAUACAAUUAUUUAGAGCCUCAGUCCUUGAAAUUAAUAAUAAUAAUAACAAUAAUAAUUUAGAUUCUAUACAAAAUUGUAACAAUAAUGAUGAUAAUAAUAAUGGUAAUAAUAAUCAUGAUAGUAGUAAUAAUAAUAAUGAUAAUGAUAAUCAUAAUAUUAAUAAUAAUAAUAAUAAUAAUAAUAAUAAUAAUAAUAAUGGUUAUGGUAAUCAUAAUGGUAAUCAUAAUCAUAAUAGUAGUGAUAAUAAUGGUAAUGAUAAUCAUAGUAUUAAUAGCAAUAAUAAUAAUAAUAAUAAUGGUAAUGAUAAUCGUAAUAUGAAUAGUAAUGAUAAUAAUAAUAAUAAUAAUAAUAAUAAUGGUAAUAAUGGUAAUGAUUAA